AUGAAACAUAUUUCGGAAUUGGAUCCACUUAAUGAUUAUGCAGAGGUGGGAAAAUGGGAACAAGUAACGAAAAUCAGGAAGUUGAUGAAGAACAGAGGGGUGAAGAAAACGCCUGGAUGCAGUUCAAUCACAAUAGAUGGAACAGUUCAUGAGUUUGUAGCCGGGGAUGAGUCUCAUCCUGAAUGUGAUGAGAUAUUUGAGAGGUGGGAAAAAUUAUUAGUGAAGAUGAAGGAAGAAGGGUAUGUGCCAAAUACUUCAGUUGUGCUUCUUGAUGUGGAAGAUAAAGAAAAGGAGAAGUUCCUGUUUCGCCAUAGCGAAAAACUGGCACUUGUGUAUGGGUUGAUGAACACAAAACCUGGAAUGCCUAUUAGGAUUAUGAAGAAUCUUCGUGUGUGUGAGGAUUGUCAUGCUGCUUUUAAAAUACUAUCUGCCAUUGAAAAGAAAGAAAUUGUGGUGCGUGAUCGGAGUAGGUUUCAUUGUUUCAAAAAUGGUGAUUGUACAUGCAAGGAUUAUUGGUAG